GGCAUCAAUUAAAGAUAAUUAACUCCUAUAUGUAUCGAGCUCAAAUCUUCGUCUAGGGGCUUGGAAAUAGCAAAAUACGAUUUAUUCGCGUAAUAACGGAAUACGCAAAGAGUGAACGAUAUUACCACUUUUUGAGACUUUAUGUACAGGAUGUUUAGGUCGCAUUGAUAUAGAAAACACCUGUUUCGCUUGGGUACAUAACAUUUUGUACUUAAUAAAUUAGAAACGCUGAAAGGUUCAAAAAGGGACAACUUUGACGUGGUUUGACGUUGUUCUUGAACAGGGAGUUUAACCAAGGCUACCCUAGUCUGUAUAUAUACAUAUUUGAAUAAAAACUUGCUAUUAUGUGGGAUAUACCAAACAUGCAAGAUAAUGAUGACGAGGAUGAUAUACCCAUUGGUAAUUUGUUUGCAAGAAGGAUGUUAUCCAGGCCCACAACAACAAGAAGUUACAGAAAUCCAAAGUCGUCAAACAACUCCGUAACUGACUAUGCUGAUCAAGAUUUGUCAAGUGAGAUCAAUGCCAUAAUUGGUGGCGCCCCAGUUAUUGAAACAAAAUGUAGUUGCAAAGGUUCCUGCCAAAAAAGGUGUGACUGUCGUAAAAUUGGGGUAAAAUGCACAGUUGGAUUUUGCCUAUGUGAUCCAUGUAAAUGCAAAAACUUCAGAGAGCAGGCUGCUGUAGUUAGUUCAAAUUUAGUAGAUGGGAAUAGUUACAAUGAUACAACUAGUAAUGGAUCAACAGAACCAGAAGAUGCAGUGGAAAAUAUUUCCUGUAAGUGCAAAGGUCGUUGUAUCCGAUGUCCUUGCAGAAAUAAUGGCAGCAAUUGUGAUGAUCAGUUUUGUGCUUGUGACAUAACAAAAUGUAAAAAUAAAAACGAAAUAGUAAGUACCAGCACAUUUCUGUGUAUAAUACCUAUAAAACAAAAUAUAAAAAAGUGUUAAUAAGUAUUUAUAUGUGUAUAUGGAAUAUGGUAGGUCACAUCCAGUAGAAAACGAAAAUAUAUUAGACCAGCUGAUGUUGGUGAUUUAUUAUCAAAAAGAUCAGCAGACACAAAGGAUGAAUGUGUUAAGUAUUGUGAAAGUCUUCAAAGCGAACAGUUAAGAGAAAUAUUAGCUGAUAUGGCAGAAAAAUCACCGAGCACUUGGAAAUUAGUGAAAUCUGACAUUGAGGGCCAUGGUAAUAGGAGAAGGACAGAGGACACCCCAGGCUGGUGUGUAUGUGGCCAAUGUAUAGAAAUGGAAGAAGAAAGGGAUCAAGUUUGCUGCCAAAAUAAUAUAAAGAACCAUGAAAAUGCUGAAUUCAGGCAUCUUAUUCUUGAUGACAGGGUUCUAGACCUUGCAAUGCGUGGAAACAGUGAUUGGCUUCAGUACCCAUUUGAUCCUGAAGAAAAUGCUUGCUGGCGAUACACUGCCUAUCGGCAGUACAUAAUGUGGUUUUGGGGACACUUAGGUAGUGGUAAUAGAAAAGUCAUACCCUCUUGCAUUUUACGAAAAAUCAGAGAACGUUUUCCUUCUGUAGAUGGAAUUUACAGAGGUUUUAUGGAUAGGUAUGAGGCUUUACGAUAAAAUAUAAAAUAAUGAAAAAUAUAGGCAGAAAAACUACACUACAUACCAACAGAUAAGAGUUAUUGGAGUUUCAUUUCUUCUCUUGCUUGAUGUUUUUCAAGUAAUAAUUCCAUGGGAGGAGCAGUUGUUGCAGCAAUAUUUUGACGUAAUGCUUUAGUACAUUCUCGUCCAAUCUCUACGCGAUUAACAUUUCCCCUGUCAACAUGACGUCUCCAUAGUAUUUCUGCCAUGAGUCCUAUAAUGCACAUAUAUAGAUAUACAUUUUUAUUCCUUUUUUAUAUAUACAUAUAUUUUACCAUAUGUUUUAGUUUUACAUAAUUUUAUUAUUGUAUAACUAUUGUAAAGAUAAUAAACGUUAGUUGAACUUAGAACAUACUUCGUAUAUAGAUAUAGUCCUUUGGUUUAGGUACUGCUACUAAAAACCAUUGCUUUGUCCUCUUUCCAUAUCUGCGGACAUAAACAAGUGAACCAUCUUUUUUUUGAAGCUGUCCUCGAUUUAAAUGACCGUUAAAGUCCAAAUAUGCUAAUUGAUGUCUGGUGAUGUAAGCAUCAUUUUUGUACCCAAUGCGCUUUGGACAGUAGGCUAACACUAAGUUAUGAAAUGCCUAAAUAAAAGUACAAAUCUUAGUAAGAAAACUCCUGUCCACAUAGCGUAUUUUUUUAAUUUAUUACAUAUACAACAUGUAACAUAAAAUAUAUUACAGUAACUUUUUAUAACAAAAUAUAUCAGUGUUAGUAACUCCUUUCACAAUGUUUACCUCUAAAAGACCUGUGUGUCGAUUUUUGGUGUAAUAUGUAAAGCUUUUUAGCCAAGAACUUUUCAUGACAUGCUUUCGAAUAAUUUCCAUAGAUGGUCCUGUUGGAUCUAACCAAGUUUUUCCUUCAGUAGGUUCUUCCAUAGGUUCGUGUUCGCAUUGUAAAUGGUCACCAGUUAUAUGCUUAAGUAAACGCAUCCAAAGAACUCGCAUUUUUAAUUCAUCCUCUUCACAGUGUGAGCAACAAUACCAAAAGUGAUUCCUUAUGGGUGCCAACCAAGGAUUAAUAAGUGGCUGCAGUUGUUUUUUCUUGGAGACCUAUAGUUCAUAUUAUAUUUGUACACUAUUGUAGUUUGUAUAAUAUAUUUCUGAUGGGUAUAAAAAAGUUAUGUUAUAUACCUCCUGAGA